GCGGCCCCCCCUCCCCGGCCCCACCCUCCCCACGUCCCCCGCCCUCCCUCCCACACUCCCCGUGGCGCGAGCGGCUGACUGAGCCUGGAGAGGAAACGGCAAUCGCAGCCGCGCUCCCGCCCAGGCCGGCCCUGACGCGGGCCUCGUCAGCCGGUAACGGGGAGCAGAGGUGGGGGUCAGGGAGGCGUCCUCGAAGUCAGUGAAGGUCAGAACCGAGAGCUCUCUCUCUCCGACCCGGGCAGGAGCUGGGAGGAGGCAGCAGCAGCGGCGGCGGCAGGAGCAGCGGCGGCGGCAGCAGCUGGGAGGAGGUGGUGACGGUGGCAACGGCAGCGUCGGGGACGAUGGCGCGACUGGUGGCAGUGUGCAGGGACGGGGAGGAGGAGUUCCCCUUCGAGAGGAGGCAGAUCCCCCUCUACAUAGACGACACCCUGACGAUGGUGAUGGAAUUUCCUGACAAUGUUUUAAAUCUUGAUGGGCAUCAGAAUAAUGGUGCACAACUAAAGCAGUUUAUUCAGCGACACAGUAUGCUUAAGCAACAAGAUUUAAGUAUUGCCAUGGUGGUAACAUCACGCGAAGUCUUGAGUGCACUUUCUCAGCUUGUCCCAUGUGUUGGUUGUCGUCGAAGUGUGGAACGCCUCUUUUCUCAACUUGUAGAGUCUGGAAAUCCUGCCCUUGAACCCCUGACAGUAGGGCCCAAGGGAGUACUAUCUCUGACUCGGAGCUGCAUGACUGAUGCAAAAAAGCUUUAUACAUUAUUUUAUGUACAUGGGUCCAAACUAAAUGAUAUGAUAGAUGCUAUUCCAAAAAGUAAGAAGAACAAGAGAUGUCAGUUACACUCUUUAGAUACACACAAACCUAAACCUCUGGGUGAAGGGAGCAGUAGCAGUGUCAGUUCAGAGAAGUUAAGUACAGAUAAGAGAAGUAGUGAAGACCACAGGAAGGACAGCAAGUGUAGGAUCAUUUUCCAUUAUGGACCUUUCCAGGGAACAGCCAGAGGAUGUUGGAUGGAUGUUUGGGAACUCAUGUCCCAGGAAUGCAGGGAUGAAGUAGUUUUAAUUGACUCUAGUUGUCUUUUAGAAACACUAGAAACAUAUCUUCGAAAGCACAGGUUUUGCACUGAUUGCAAAAAUAAAGUCCUCCGAGCAUACAAUAUCCUCAUUGGUGAACUUGACUGCAGCAAAGAGAAGGGCUACUGUGCUGCCCUGUAUGAAGGAUUGCGGUGCUGUCCACAUGAGCGACACAUACAUGUUUGCUGUGAAACAGACUUCAUUGCACAUCUCUUGGGUCGUGCUGAGCCAGAGUUCGCAGGAGGGUAUGAGCGAAGAGAAAGACAUGCUAAGACAAUAGAUAUAGCUCAAGAAGAAGUUUUGACCUGCUUGGGGAUUCAUCUUUAUGAACGACUGCAUCGGAUCUGGCAAAAACUACGGGCUGAAGAGCAGACGUGGCAGAUGCUCUUUUAUCUCGGUGUUGACGCUUUACGUAAGAGCUUUGAGAUGACUGUGGAAAAAGUGCAGGGUAUUAGCCGCUUGGAACAACUUUGUGAGGAAUUUUCAGAGGAAGAACGAGUUAGAGAACUCAAGCAAGAAAAGAAACGCCAAAAACGGAAGAACAGACGAAAAAAUAAGUGUGUGUGUGACACUCCUGCUUCCUUACACACCGCAGACGAGAAAGCAGUGAGCCGAGAGAAGGAAACAGACUUCAUUGAAAACAGCUGCAACGCCUGUGGCAGUGCUGAAGAUGGCGAGACUUGUGUAGAAGUAAUGGUUACCAGUGAAAACACAUCAUGUACCUGUCCGAGCAGUGGCAAUCUUUUGGGGUCCCCUAAAAUAAAGAAAGGUAUGUCUCCACACUGUAAUGGUAGUGACUGUGGAUAUUCAUCUAGCAUGGAAGGAAGUGAAACAGGUUCUCGAGAAGGUUCAGAUGUUGCCUGCACCGAGGGAAUUUGUAACCAUGAUGAACAUGGUGAAGAUUCCUGUGUUCACCACUGUGAAGACAAAGAAGAUGAUGGUGACAGUUGUGUUGAAUGUUGGGCAAAUUCUGAAGAAAAUAACAUAAAAGGAAAAAAUAAAAAGAAGAAAAAGAAAAGCAAGAUGUUGAAAUGCGAUGAACAUAUCCAAAAACUUGGAAGCUGUAUUACAGAUCCAGGUAAUCGAGAGACCUCAGGAAACACUAUGCACACAGUGUUUCACCGUGACAAGACCAAAGAUGCACAUCCUGAGAGUUGUUGCAGCACUGAGAAGGGUGGGCAGCCAUUGCCUUGGUUUGAGCAUAGGAAAAGCGUACCACAGUUCACAGAACCUACAGAAAUGUCAUUUGGUCCUGACUCUGGAAAAGGUGCCAAGAGCUUAGUUGAACUUCUUGAUGAGUCUGAAUGUACUUCAGAUGAGGAAAUCUUUAUCUCACAAGAUGAAAUACAGUCAUUUAUGGCUAAUAACCAGUCUUUCUACAGCAAUAGAGAACAAUACCGACAGCAUCUGAAGGAGAAAUUUAAUAAAUACUGCCGCUUAAAUGAUCACAAGAGGCCCGUUUGUAGUGGCUGGCUGACAACGGCUGGAGCAAAUUAAAUAAAUAAAAUAGCUCUGUCUUUCAAUGAAACACUCAAGAUGACUACUGCGCCUUCUCUUUUAAAAACUCCUAAUUUAGUGACUUCUGGCAAAAUUUUACCUUAAAUCUUAAAUCAAUGUGAUUCCUUGUUUUGGGAGACGGUGGAGGUAACCUCAUUCGUUUGUUCUUUCUUCAGGCUUGUGUCUUUAGUUUCGUGGCUGCGCAGGCCUGCCUAUGAUUUAAGCCAUCUCUUCAUUAAACGUUUCUCUUCCUGUGAGACUUACUAAAGCAACUUAGUGGCAAAAGUAAUGUUGUACUUACACCUCUGUACAGAAAUGACAGUGAGCUGGAUAUAUGGUUUACAGUAGACAUCCACUUGCAAAGCAUCUGGACAGAAUGUUAAAGGCAAUGUGCAAAAUUUAAAAUAAAGAGUAUUUAUUAAUACGCAUAGUAGAAUGUGGUGUACAUGUUUCUACUCACCGUGGUGGUACUUUAGUAUUUGCCACUCGUGAACUUUGUAUCUAACCAUUGUUGAUGGAGAGAGCAUGAAGAGCAAAUGAGGGUAGAGAUUCAGACUGCCCAAGACUGAAUUCUUCCUUUGAUGAGACUUGAUAACUGAGAAAAGCAGUUCUAGUCUUGUUCUUAAAGAAUAAAUGCAUUUAAACACUG